GUUACUUGAUUUGAUUUGAUUUAAAAAAAAAACAAAAAAUCAAAAAAUAUACUGCAAAUGCAAAAAGUAAACAGUUUUUAUAUCACAAAAAGAAACAUUUUUAAAAUAUUCACAAUGGAAGUAGUGUCAGUCGAUGAAAUAAAAGAUAUUAUAUCCUCCAUAAGCAAUGAAACUCAAAAACAUAAUAUAAAUCCUUUCACAGAAGAAGCUUUAUUUAAAUUUGACUUAUAUAAAAAUAUUAAUACAAGGACUCUUCAUUCACAAUCAACGAGUUUAGAAUAUUUAAAAAACCUUAAUGAUGGGAUAACAGCGGAUGUCGAUAGAAUUAAGGACACUUCAAGGAAUAAUAAAAGUUAUGUUGCAAAGUCACAAACAAAUGCAGAUGACCUUAACAAUAGAAUGAAUGAAUUGCAAAUGAAGUGCACAGAUGUCAAAAAAGAAAUAAAUGCUCUUGAACAUAAAAUAUCUCACAUGGAAGCAAAAGAAAAGCAUUUUCAGAAGAAAAGGGAUGAGAUCUUGGUCUUUAAACUGCUUACCAAUACACAUUUUAGUUAUGAUACGAAAAAGGUUAGGGGCUAUGUUACUGGAAAGACAUCUGAUUCUUCCAAAACUUUUGAUUUUAAUCCCCAGCAAAUGGACAACAAAAAAAUUACAGAUAAUUUAUACAACGCACUCAAAGCUUGCUGCAACACUCGGAGUCCCGGAGGAAAAGAAGACAAAGAGAACGAAAAACAAUAACUGUAGGUACUUACAUUAUGAUUAAUAUAUAGCGAGGGGCAAAAUUAUGGAAUAAAUUCGUUUUUUCGAGAACGAGAGAUUUUGGAGAGAAAUCCCUAAACAGGUCGAUUUUUAUUUUUAAAUUAUGAUUUUUUGGCUUAUAUGUCAUACCAGAGACGUCAUCCAUCUGGGCGUGGUGACUUCUUCUUCUUCUACGGCACUACAACCCAAAUUGAGCCUUGGCCUCGUUUAUUUCUUGGGCGUGAUGACGUAAUCGGUAAUUUUUAAAAUGAGAAUAGGGGUCGUGUGAUAGUUUAUUUGAAAGGUUAUUCAAUUCUCUUUACCAUAAUUAUUUAUACAGGGUGGCCAAAAAAAUUAUUUUUGAAUUAAAUUAAUUAAUACAAAAAGAAGAAUGUAUGUAAUUUAUUUAAUUCAAAAUAUAUUUUACUGCGGUCAGAAAACAGAAAAAAAUUAUAUGACAAAUAAACAUUGCUUUUCGCUUAAAUUAGAUGUUUAAACUGCCAAGAGCCAGGUGGGUGGCAGCUUUAACAUUGAAUUUAAGCGAAAAGCAAUGUUUAUUUUACAAAUAAACAUUUUUUUUUCUAUUUUCUGACAGCAGUAAAAUGUAUUUUGAAUUAAACAAAUUACAUACAUUCUUCUUUUUGUGUGAAUUAAUUUAAUUAAAAAAUUUUGGCCACCCUGUAUAAAUAAUUAUGGUAAUGUUUAUAUUAUUGAAAACAGAAUUGAAUAACCUUUCAAAUGAACUAUCACACGACCCCUAUUCUCAAUUUAAAAAAUCAUAAUUUACAAAUAAAAACCGACCUGUUUCAGGAUUUUUCUCCAAAAUCUCCCAUUCUCCAAAAAAAAUGAAUUUAUUCCAUAGUUUUACCCCUCUCUGUAUUUAGAAUACUAUAUGUGAUUAUUGUACGAUAUAUAUAUAUCAUUUUCCAAAACUAAGUAUUUAUACGUUAAGAGAUCUUUGAUCUAUUUUUUUAGUUAAUAAUAAAAUUUCAAUUUGAAUUAGAAA